UAUUAGCUCCUGCCGCUAGGUGGAGAAGCGGUGAGUCCGAGAGGAGACGGAUCUGUCCGGUUUACGGCCUGCCGAGGACUGAGGCUGCUAAGCGGAGAAUCGCCGUAGCCGGGCGAGAAGGUGCCGAGACAAGAAUAAAGACGGGGGUAACUCGGACGACUAGGAGAGGAGUGCGACGAGAAAGCAAGGCCUUUAAGCCGGGACUCGGGGUGGAGGUGGAGGGGGUGGGGAGUGAAGCCGGAAAUAGGAAACUACAACCCCCAGAAGGCCUAGCGGCUAAGUCCCGGAUGCCGUGGCCGUAAAGCCUGAUGGGACAAGUAGUUUUGCGAAAGACUUAACCUGGAGGUUUGCGAGGUUGGAAGUUCUGAGACCCGCGGCGUCCGGAGAGGGAGACAGACAUGGAACUGGAACAGAGAGAGGGGACCAUGGCAGCCGUGGGCUUUGAGGAGUUCUCAGCGCCGCCAGGCUCAGAGUUGGCGCUGCCUCCGCUGUUCGGUGGUCACAUCUUGGAGAGCGAGCUGGAGACAGAAGUGGAGUUCGUGUCUGGGGGUCUGGGCGGCUCUGGGCUCCGGGAGCGAGAUGAAGAGGAAGAGGCCGCCCGGGGACAGCGGCGGCGCCAGCGAGAACUAAAUCGAAGGAAGUACCAGGCGCUAGGUCGGCGCUGCCGGGAGAUCGAGCAGGUGAACGAGCGGGUCCUGAACAGGCUCCACCAGGUGCAGAGGAUAACCCGGAGGCUUCAGCAGGAGCGGAGGUUCCUCAUGAGAGUGCUGGAUGCCUACGGCGAUGACUACCGCGCCAGCCAGCUCACCAUCGUGCUGGAGGACGAGGGCAGCCAGGGCACAGAUGCUCCCACCCCUGGCAACGCGGAGAACGAGCCCCCAGAGAAGGAGGGGCUGUCCCCGCCCCGAAGGACACCCGCACCCCCGGAACCCAGCAGCCCGACCCCUGGUGAGGGGCCCAGCGGGCGCAAGAGGCGGCGAGGGCCCCGGGAUGGACGCCGAGCCGGAGCUGUGCUGACUCCAGAACUGGCCCCAGUGCAGAUUAAGGUGGAGGAAGACUUCGGCUUCGAAGCAGAUGAGGCCCUGGACUCCAGCUGGGUUUCUCGGGGGCCAGACAAACUGCUGCCCUACCCCACUCUAGCCAGCCCCGCCUUUGACUGACCCCCCUGCCUCCAGUAAACUGACCCACAGACUUGCCUUGGC